AUGUCGCUUGAGUCUCUAGCAUCUACCAUCCAGGCCAAAUCGGCCGAGUUGGCCGCCAUCGCCAAAGAGCAUGGCUUCGAGGCCACGCUGGACACCAGCGCCCAGUUAACCAGCGUUGCUCCUCUGGCCGUACGCAAUGAACUCAUCCGGGCCGCAAAGGACCUGUUGUAUCUGGCAUCGGGACCAACAGACCACGUCCUCGGCCUUGCCUGGUCGGCCGCAGAUACAUCCAACAUCGACCUCCUCACUCGCUUCGAAGUCCCCCAACACGUCCCUCUCACCUCCUCAAUCUCCAUCCCCGCGCUCUCCACCCUCACCAACCUCCCCGAAGACAUCCUCUACCGCGCCACCCGCUUCGCCAUCUCCAACGGCGUCUUCACCGAGCCCGCGCCCUACGAAAUCGCGCACUCGCCAGCCUCACGAGCCCUGGCCACUACCCCCCACCUGCGCAACAUCGUGCACUUCACCGAGUUCCUCGGCGCCAUCCUCAUGAAGAUCCCCGAUAAGAUGGUCGUCGAGCGCGACGGCGCCGGCGUCGGCGACAAGCUCCCCGACACGGCGUUCAACCUGGCGUAUCGCACGGAUCAGAACCUGUUUGAUUUCUUCGCCGCCGAUAAGGUCCUGAAUCGCAAGUAUCAUGAGUAUUUGAUGGGGAGGGUGAAUACGCCGCUGUGGUCGAUGGAUCGGUUGCGUGCGGCGUGGGACUGGGGAACGUUGGCGGGGGGGACUAUUGUAGAUGUCGGCGGCUCCUCCGGCCACACAGCGCUCACCAUCGCGCCCCUGGCACCCACAGCAACCUUCAUCGUGCAAGACAACAACGCCGACGCGUUGGAAAUGGGCCGCAAGGCAGUCCUGAGCAGCGGCGACACAGCCCUACAGAACCAGGUCAGCUUCAUGAAGCAUAACUUCUUCACGGAGCAGCCUGUCGUCGCGGACGCUUAUAUCUUCCGACAUAUCCUGCACGACUGGAACGACGAGGACUCGCUGGCUAUUAUUAGCUCGUUAGUGCCCGCGCUGAGGGAGGGCAGUCGCGUGUUCAUCAGCGAGGGGAUUUUGCCGGAGCCGCCGGCGAAGAGGCUGGGUGGGUUGACGGAGAAGAUGAUUUUGAUUGAGGAUCAGUUCAUGUUGGCGGCACAUAAUGCGCGCGAGAGAACGGUGGCUGAUUUCGAGCGCAUCUUUGGGCGCGCGAGUGAGCGGUUUCGUCUGGUCGGUGUUACUUCGGGGGCGCAGGCGGGGGCGUUUCAGUCGCUGUUGGAGUUUCAGUUUCAGUAG